AACAAUCAGGGUUAUUUAAGUCAUUCCAUGCAAAUUUAGGGUUUUAUCAUAAGCCUUUAAGCUUUAGUCCCUGCUUUUCUCCCCCAAAGCACAUUCAUCGGCGUCGUCAGUAUUUGCUUUCGAGGAGCUUUCCAAUUCUAAAGUCUAUUCGUGUAAAGCAGUUGUCAAGAUGCAGAACGAUGAGGGACAAAACAUGGACCUUUACAUCCCUAGGAAGUGCUCUGCUACUAACAGGCUGAUCACUUCCAAGGAUCAUGCAUCUGUGCAGCUCAAUGUUGGGCAUUUGGAUGAGUUUGGCCGAUACACUGGCCAGUUCACCACUUAUGCUCUCUGUGGGUUUAUUCGUGCCCAGGGAGAUGCCGAUAGUGCUCUUGAUAGGCUCUGGCAGAAGAAGAAAGCUGAAGUUGGACAACAAUGAGAGUUUUCUAUUUACUUUUGUAUUACCAGCAGUUCUUCAUUGGUGUUAGUCGCUUUCAUUAUUAGUCAAAAUGGACUUGCAUCUACAUAACUUACUCUAUUUUAGUGCUGUAACUUGAUUUCGUACUGUUAAGAAAUUUUUUGGAGAUGGAAGACAAUAUGAGCCCUUUGGGUCAUUUAGC